ACGUCACUGUUUACAAACACAGGCACCGGAAGUGAGACAGGCAAAAAACAAGAUUACGGAAAGAGCGGCGAGAAAGAGGCUGACGUGCGCUGUGUCAGCCGCACGGAUAGACGGCGAAACCUGUGGAUUUCAGCCAGGCGCUUCGCUGGACUGUUGCGUUUUGCAGGGUGCCUUUCAGGGCCGAAGAAGGACGCUUUUGAAGAUCUGCAGGAAGGGCGCUGUGGUAAGUUUCCGCUGCUGUUAAUGCAAGAGUUUGUGAAAUUCGCAACAUGAGAAGCUUUCUUCGCCUCCAGAGCGUCGCCCUUCAGUGAUCAGAAAGCCUCCCUGUGACUCAGCUGUUCCCAGAAUCGGGGCAAUUCAAACACCACACGGUUAGGCGGAGGCGCGCCGGAAAAAACUGCCACUUUAACAGUUUCGCCCCUUCGCAUUCAAGCGAUGGAUGUGGCGUGAAAGCAAGAAAGGACUACGUUUUCAACUUGAGAAUGUUUGGCUUUUUUGGUGUAAGCCGCUGCUUUUAAAAGACUGGAAACGUCGGUCUGCGCCGUAUUGCUAAAACUCAGUAAUAUGAAGUGAGCAAAAACUAUUUUGGGGGAAAAGCGAACAGCCACGGCCAGAUUUUUAAUUUAAUUUAAUUUUAGCAGCAACUGAAGAUUUUAAAAACCGCAUUCCCGUUCAAUCGUCUCCGUUAAUUCCAAGCACACGAUCCUGCCCGUCAGGUCAUGGCAGAGUCUUGCCCAGACGCCGUCGACGGUGAGAUUAUAGGCGCUUCUGAGGGACGGCCGUUGAAAAAUGAGGACUUCGAUGCCGCUAGACCUCAGGACAAGCAAAUCGGCCGGAAAGAGGGUGUCGCCAACAUUGAGCAAUCCUCUGGGAGUAUUUCUCACCUUGUGAAAGAUGAGCUAACGGCAUGCAAAGAACCUCCUACAAGCGCAGCGUCUCUUGAUGAUGCUCGUGCGGCCCGGUCGGUGACCUCUAAAAGCCAAGACAAAACCGAUGAAGCUGAGAUCCUCAGCCAGUCCUGCACACCCAGCCAAUCGGAGGUGACGCCCACUUUCUCUGUGGCCAGCCUGGAGUUCUCCGAGGAGGCUAACGGGAUCCCUCCUGAUGGAGCGUUGGUUUCGUCCAAAUCCGCUCAGGAUGGCAACCAAGUGCCCCCUCAGGAGAGCGGAGGGGCCUGCGCGGGGGCUGCGAGGACAUCAGAGCCUAGCAUGCCGGCGUAUUACUUUGUCAAGUGGAUUACCUGGAAAGAGAAGAAGACGGCUGUUAUCACGCAGAGCGAGAACGGACCCUGCCCUCUGAUCGCCAUCAUGAACAUCCUGUUGCUGCGGUGGAAGGUGAAGUUGCCGGCGCAGACAGAAGUGGUCACCACUGAAGAGCUGAUGUCUCACCUUGGUGAAUGUGUGCUGAACAUCAAACCGCCGGAGAAAGCAGAAGGCAUGGAGCUCAAUUUCCAGCAGAACAUGAGCGACGCGAUGGCCGUGCUGCCAAAGCUGUCCACAGGCCUCGACGUUAAUGUGCGUUUCACAGGUGUGUCCGACUUUGAGUACACGCCUGAGUGCAUCGUCUUCGACCUGCUCGACGUUCCUCUCUACCACGGCUGGCUCGUCGACCCGCAGAGUCCCGAGGUGGUGUCUGCAGUGGGCAAACUCAGCUACAACCAACUGGUGGAGAAGAUCAUAGAUUUCAAGCACUCGACAGACAGCAGUCAAGUCGGCGAAGGUUUGAUAGCAGAGCAGUUUUUGGAGUCCACAGCAACCCAGCUGUCGUAUCACGGCCUGUGUGAGCUCAACACGACGGCCAAGGAGGGAGAACUGUCUGUAUUUUUCAGGAACAACCACUUCAGCACCAUGAUAAAGCACAAGGGUCACCUUUACCUGCUGGUCACGGAUCAGGGCUUCCUGCAGGAGGAGAGCGUGGUCUGGGAGAGCCUCCAUAAUGUGGAGGGGGAUGGGAAUUUCUGUGACUCAGACUUCAGAUUGUGUCACCCUUCCCAGAAACCCACAGCGGCCAGCCAGCCCUCCGCACAACAGCAGCAGAUGCAGAUCGACCAGGACUAUCUGGUGGCGAUGUCCCUGCAGCAGCAGCAGGGUGAAGCUCCUGGACCCUUGAGUGAUCUUGAGCUGGCCAGACAGCUGCAGCAGGAGGAGUACCAGCAGCCUCAAACACAGCAGCACCAGCCCUCAGCAGGACAGAUGAGAGGUCAGUCCUCAUCUCAGCACGGAGGACAGAGACGCCGGGAAAAGAAGGAUGACUCGGAUUGCUGUAUUCUUUAGGUCAGAGUACACUCGCCACCAUAACCAGACUCUCAAAGCCAGUUGGGCUUCGGUUGAGAGUCUUCUGUACCACUACUGAACCAUGGGACUUCACUCUUUGUCGUCCCAACGCCAAGCCUGCCUUUACAGUACAGUUGACCCCCUCGUUCCCGCCUUUCCUCGAUCCUCAUGGUUUGAACUGUUUCUCAUUGUUGUCUACUGGACCAAAUUAAGGUAGCAAUUGUUCCUAAGCACUAAUGAGCGUCGUUUGAGUGCUACUGUGGAGCUCCUAACUAUGCCAUUAAAGAUUGAAGACUGUAAUGGUAAAUAAUCAGGUAUUGUAAUAAGAAUUUAAUAUUACACUGAAAUGCUACUGUCUCAAGUUGAUCUGUACAAAGUUACUUGUCAUCUGCUUUUCAUCCAAAGUGAUGUACAGUACACUAAGUACACAGGGCUCCGUGGAGCUCCCUGGAUCUUGUAAGCUGAGCUAAUAAAAGCCACCUCUGUUAACAGGAAA